AUGGCGAGCCGUCGAGGAGCGCGCAACGCCUAUUAUUACUUCGUGCUGGAGAAGCUGCCGGAGCUGAAGCGGCAGGGCCUGGCUGUGACUAGCGUCGCUAACGCCAUCCCGUAUUGCUCCGAUGCCUGGGCGGUGAGGGAGCACGGGGGACCUGAAAAGAGAGAAAGUCCUGGGAAUGAAAGCAUCAUUAAUAGAUCAUGCAAGGUUUUUAAAUUGUUUUUUACUCCUAAGAUGCUUAAUGAAGAGCAAAAAGAAAAGUAUGCAGAAAUGGCUCGUCGGUGGAAAGCUACCAAGUCAGAAGUAGUAGUAGAAAAGCCACCUAGAGAAGUCCCACUACCGUUUCCUACUCAAAGUCAGGAUACGAUUCCUGUUACAAACCGUACAAGUCCAUUUAAGUAUGAACAAGUUGUGCUCGAAACUCCGUUCUACUUUCUGAAUAUCUUCAGUCAUGGAGUGUUGCCUCCUCACUGUAGUCAGCGUUUCCUCCCUUGUGAAAUUGGGUGUAUCAAAUAUUCACUUAAGGAUGGCAUAAUUGCAGAAUUGCAUCAUUUUAUAAAUCCUGGAGAAGUACCACGAGGUUUUCGAUUUCACUGCCAGGCUGCAGGUGAUACUACUCAUAAAAUUCCCAUAUCUGGAUUUGAUAUUGCAACUGCAAGUUACUCAGUUGUGUUGCAUGACCUAUACGCGUUCAUCAAACCACAAAGGGGCAACUGGCCAUCUGUAUAUUGUAAGUCUGAUGAUCUCUUCAUAGUUAACUGGUGCCUAAAAUAUAUGGCUAAAGAAACAGGCACAGUCAAUCAUCUAAAGCUUUUAAAUGUGGAGGAUCUUGUUGUGGAGCUGUAUCAUCAGAAACUUCAAAAAGAACCGUCUAAAACUUGGGUGUGUAACACACUGGAUGCCUCCAUGUGGGAUUACUCAGGAAACACCAGGUGUCAGUGGCACGACAAAAAUGAUAUUGUAUUUUGUGCUCUUGCUACAUGCAAGAAAAUUGCAUACUGCAUCAGUAAUUCUCUAGCAAAUAUGUAUGAAAUCCAAUUAACUGCAUCUCAUUUACCACUAACUGAGAAGAACUGUAAGAAUACAACAAACCCUAAGAUGAUAGUGCUGGAUGCUAGACGUUUCCAGAAAGGAAAAGUUGGGAACACUGGAAAUGAUAGUUAUUUCAGAUCUCUUAAUAAGGAUCAUGGUGCCACACACUGUAGUGGUGUAAUUCCCCCAGGAGUGAACAUGAUGCAUGAACCCAUCCCUAGAAGUGGAAGAGGAAUUGCACAGUUUCUAAAAAGCACUUUCAAGUAGUCCAACAGUUAGAAGCAUUCCAUGCUUCUGUAUAUGUAAUUAUAAUUAUCAUUGGAAAUAUAAACAUAUUACAUUUAUCUGCUAUAUGUGUUA